GGGCACUCGGCGCCGAGGAGGAGGAGGAGGACUAAGAUGGCCACCAGCCGCCGCGGGGAGCGGCCCCGCUCCCUCCGCGGCCCCCUCGGCGCGGCCCGGCCUUGAUGGGGCCGGGACGACCCCGGCGCCCGGACGGUGCAGCAGCGGCGGCGGCGGCGCCUCCCGCCCGAGCCCGCCCGGGGGGAGCCGCCCUCCCGGCCCGGCCCGCACCGCCCGGCCGCGGCCGCCGCGCCGCCUAGCCCCCGAGCCGAGCCGAGCCGAGCCGAGCCGAGCGCUGCUCGCGGAGACAGCGCAGCGGAGACAGGAGAGCCCGCAGCGACGGACCGCCCGCCGCCCCCUGCCCGCGCCGGCACCCCGCCGCCCCCCGUGAGAGAGCAGCUUUGGUGUUGAAGAGAAACCUCGGAAAGGAAUGGGCCCUGUUCUCUUGAAGCUGUUUGUCCUGAUCCCAGGAAUGCUGUAGAGGAUCCGGGGCAGCCUGCAGAAGCCAGCCAAGAUGAAUAUGGUGAAGCGGAUCAUGGGCCGGCCCCGGCAGGAGGAGUGCAGCCCGCAGGACAACGCGCUGGGGCUGAUGCACCUGCGGCGCCUCUUCACCGAGCUCUGCCAUCCCCCGCGCCACAUGACCCAGAAGGAGCAGGAGGAAAAGCUGUACAUGAUGCUGCCGGUGUUCAACAGGGUGUUUGGAAAUGCUCCUCCAAGUACAAUGACAGAGAAAUUUUCUGACCUCCUGCAGUUUACUACUCAAGUGUCACGAUUGAUGGUGACUGAAAUUCGACGGAGAGCAUCGAACAAGUCCACAGAGGCUGCAAGUCGUGCCAUAGUCCAGUUUCUGGAGGUCAAUCAAAGUGAAGAAGCAAGUAGAGGUUGGAUGCUGCUCACCACAAUCAAUUUACUAGCUUCAUCAGGACAGAAAACUGUGGACUGCAUGACUACAAUGUCAGUGCCUUCCACACUUGUUAAAUGUCUCUAUCUGUUUUUUGACCUUCCACACGUGCCUGAGGUAGUUGGAGGAGCACAGAAUGAACUACCUCUCGCAGAGCGCCGAGCGCUACUACAGAAAGUCUUUGUACAGAUCCUAGUAAAAUUGUGCAGUUUUGUGUCCCCGGCGGAAGAACUGGCUCAGAAGGAUGAUCUCCAGCUUCUGUUCAGUGCAAUAACCUCAUGGUGCCCUCCCUAUAACCUGCCUUGGAGGAAGAGUGCAGGAGAAGUACUAAUGACCAUAUCUCGUCAUGGCCUUAGUGUCAAUGUAGUGAAAUACAUCCAUGAAAAGGAAUGUUUGUCCACGUGUGUCCAGAACAUGCAGCAGUCUGAUGACCUUUCUCCCCUAGAAAUAGUUGAGAUGUUUGCUGGACUUUCUUGUUUUCUCAAAGACUCCAGUGAUGUAUCCCAAACAUUGUUGGAUGAUUUUAGGAUAUGGCAAGGAUACAACUUCCUCUGUGACCUCCUCCUCAGAUUAGAACAGGCGAAAGAAGCUGAAUCUAAAGAUGCUUUGAAGGAUUUAGUUAAUUUGAUAACUUCCUUAACAACAUAUGGUGUCAAUGAAUUAAAGCCAGCUGGUGUUACCACUGGAGUACCUUUCCUGCUGCCUGGAUUUGCAGUCCCACAGCCUGCAGGCAAAGGUCAUAGUGUGAGGAAUAUUCAAGCAUUUUCUGUCCUCCAGAAUGCAUUUUUGAGAGCAAAAACCAACUAUCUAGCACAAAUCAUCCUUGAUGCCAUCACGAAUAUUUAUAUGGCGGACAAUGCCAACUACUUCAUUUUGGAAUCGCAGCACACAUUGUCUCAGUUUGCAGAGAAAAUUCCUAAACUUCCAGAAGUGCAGACCAAAUACUUUGAGAUGCUGGAAUUGGUUGUCUUCAGCUUGAAUUACAUACCCUGUAAAGAACUGAUCAGUGUGAGCAUCCUUUUAAAAUCCAGCACUUCUUUUCAGUGUAGCAUCAUUGCCAUGAAGACACUCCUGAAGUUCACCCGUCAUGACUACAUCUUUAAGGAUGUCUUCAGGGAAGUGGGGCUUCUGGAGGUGAUGGUAAAUCUUCUUCAUAAAUAUGCAGCCCUUUUGAAAGAUCCCACUCAGGCACUGAAUGAUCAAGUGGAUUCAAGAAACAGUUCAUUUGAGGACCAAAAGCAGCUGGCUUUAUUGGUUAUGGAGACCCUGACAGUACUACUACAAGGAUCAAACACAAAUGCAGGCAUCUUCAGGGAGUUUGGUGGUGCCAGGUGUGUGCACAACAUCGUCAAGUACCCGCAGUGCCGGCAGCACGCCCUGAUGAUCAUCCAGCAGCUGGUGCUGUCGCCCAGCGGGGAGGAUGACAUGGGCACCCUGCUGGGGCUCAUGCACUCAGCCCCACCCACGGAGCUGCAGCUCAAAACCGACAUCCUGAGGGCUUUGCUCUUGGUGCUGAGAGAGAGUCACCGCACAAGAACUGUUUUUAGGAAAGUCGGUGGGUUUGUGUACGUCACAUCUUUACUGGUUGCCAUGGAAAGAUCUUUGUGCUCAGCACCUAAGAAUGGCUGGGAAAAAGUAAACCAGAACCAAGUGUUUGAACUGCUUCACACUGUGUUCUGCACAUUGACUGCAGCAAUGCGCUACGAGCCAGCCAACUCUCACUUCUUCAAGACAGAGAUCCAGUAUGAAAAACUGGCAGAUGCUGUUCGAUUACUUGGCUGCUUCUCAGACUUGAGGAAAAUAAGUCCCUUGAAUGUCUUCCCUUCAAAUACACAACUGUUCCAGAGACUUUUGGAUGAUGACCUAAGAUCCCUGGAUUCUGUGUCACCUACUCUAAGACACUGCAGCAAACUUUUUAUUUACCUCUACAAGGUAGCAACAGAUUCUUUUGACAGUCGUGCAGAACAGAUCCCUCCUUGCCUGACAAAUGAGACUUCUCUCCCCUCUCCUUGGGGUACGCCAGCUUUGUCCAGGAAAAGGCACGCAUAUCAUUCUGUUUCAACACCUCCUGUUUGCCCUCAGAAAAACAUAGCUGAUGUGAAACUCCAAACAGGACCCACAUCCAUACAAAGUUCUGAUGCAGUCAUUAUUCACCCUGGUGCUAUGCUUGCAAUGCUGGAUCUUCUGGCCUCUGUUGGAUCAGCUACACACCCAGAGCAUGCACUGGAUCUCCAGCUGGCAGUGGCCAACAUCCUGCAAUCCCUGGUGCAUACAGAGAGAAACCAGCAAGUCAUGUGUGAAGCUGGGCUCCAUGCACGACUUCUGCAAAGAUGCAGUGCUGCUCUGGCAGAUGAGGACCACUCCCUGCAUCCACCACUCCAAAGGAUGUUUGAAAGGCUGGCCUCCCAGGCUCUGCAGCCCAUGGUGUUGAGGGAAUUUUUACGGUUGGGAAAUCCUUUGAAUUGUGGAGCCUGGGACAAAAAGCUGUUGAAACAGUACCGAGUGCACAAACCCAGCUCACUGAGUUUUGAACCAGAAAUGAGAAAUAGCAUGGUCACCUCCACGGAGGGCCUGGGUCCCGACAGCGUCUUUGGCGUGCACGAGGACAGCCACUACCGGAUAAGCAGGAGCCUGCUCAAGCCAGCAGAAGGGAGCACAGUGCCCCUGACCAGAGUCAAGUGUUUGGUGUCCAUGACAACCCCACAUGAUAUCAGGCUUCACGGCUCGUCGGUGACGCCGGCGUUCAUCGAGUUUGACACGUCUCUGGAAGGGUUCGGCUGCCUGUUCUUGCCAAGUCUGGCUCCCCACAAUGCACCUACAAACAAUGCUGUUACUACAGGACUUGUGGAUGGCGCCGUUGUGAGCGGGAUUGGAACUGGUGAAAGGUUUUUCCCACCACCAUCUGGUUUAAGCUACUCAACUUGGUUUUGUAUUGAACAUUUUAGUACACCUCCCAAUAACCAUCCCGUGAGACUCCUCACUGUAGUGCGGCGUGCGAACUCCUCGGAGCAGCAUUACGUCUGCCUUGCCAUUGUCCUCUCAGCAAAAGACCGCUCACUGAUUGUUUCAACUAAAGAAGAGUUGCUUCAGAAUUAUGUUGAUGACUUCAGCGAGGAAUCAUCAUUUUAUGAAAUUCUUCCCUGUUGUGCCCGUUUCCGCUGCGGUGACCUCAUUGUGGAGGGCCAGUGGCAUCACCUAGUUCUGGUCAUGAGUAAAGGCAUGCUGAAGAACAGCACAGCUACACUCUACCUCGAUGGACAGCUUGUCAACACUGUUAAGCUUCACUACAUCCACAGCAGCCCCAGUGGCUCUGGCUCUGCCAACCCCCCCGUGGUCAGCACGGUGUACGCGUACAUCGGCACGCCGCCCGCCCAGCGCCAGCUCUCCUCCCUGGUGUGGCGCCUGGGCCCCACACACUUCCUGGAGGAGGUGCUGCCUGCCCCAGGGGUCAGCACCAUUUAUGAGCUGGGACCAAACUACGUGGGGAGCUUCCAAGCUGUUUAUGUUCCGUGUAAAGAUUCAAAAUCUGAAGGAAUCAAUCCAUCACCAGUAUCUUUGGUACCAGAAGAGAAGGUCUCCUUUGGUCUCUAUGCACUGUCAGUUUCUUCAUUUACAGUGGCAAAAAUAAGGAAAGUUUACAACAAGUUGGACAGUAAAGCUAUUGCCAAGCAGCUGGCAAUUUCUUCUCAUGAAAAUGCCACACCUGUGAAGCUGCUGCAUAACUCAGCAGGGCAUUUGAAUGGACCAGCACGCUCCAUUGGUGCAGCUUUGAUAGGGUAUUUGGGAGUAAGAACAUUUGUCCCCAAACCUGUUGCCACUACACUGCAGUACGUUGGUGGGGCUGCUGCUAUUUUGGGACUUGUAGCCAUGGCAUCAGAUGUGGAAGGGUUGUAUGCAGCUGUGAAAGCCUUGGUCUGUGUGGUAAAGAGCAAUCCACUGGCCAGCAAAGAGAUGGAAAGAAUCAAAGGAUAUCAGCUGCUGGCAAUGCUGUUAAAGAAGAAAAGGUCCCUUCUGAACAGCCACAUACUCCACCUGACCUUUUCCUUGGUGGGAACUGUUGACAGCGGGCACGAGACAUCAAUUAUCCCAAAUUCUGCUGCCUUCCAGGACCUGCUCUGUGAUUUUGAAGUCUGGCUUCAUGCCCCCUAUGAGCUUCAUCUGUCAUUAUUUGAGCACUUCAUUGAACUCCUCACUGAGUCGAGUGAAGCAGCAAAGAAUGCCAAGUUAAUGAGGGAAUUCCAGCUCAUCCCAAGGCUGCUGUUGACCCUUCGAGACAUGUCCCUGUCCCAACCCACUAUUGCUGCCAUUAGCAAUGUGCUGAGCUUUCUGCUUCAGGGCUUCCCCAGCAGCUAUGACCUCCUCAGGUUUGGACAGUUCAUCUCUUCCACUUUACCUACAUUUGCAGUCUGUGAGAAGUUUGUAGUCAUGGAAAUAAACAAUGAAGAAAAGCUUGACAGUGGAACAGAGGAUGAUUUUGGAGGACUUGUUUCAGCUAAUCUUAUUCUACUGAGGAACAGGCUUUUGGAUAUCCUUCUGAAACUCCUCUAUACAUCUAAAGAAAAGACAACUGUUAAUUUGCAGGCUUGUGAAGAGCUGGUCAAGACCCUGGGUUUCGAUUGGAUUAUGAUGUUCAUGGAAGAACAUCUGCAUUCCACCACAGUCACGGCAGCCAUGCGAAUUCUCGUGGUCCUGUUGAGCAAUCAGUCCAUCCUUAUCAAGUUUAAGGAGGGUCUCAGUGGAGGAGGCUGGCUGGAUCAGACAGAUUCUGUCCUGACCAAUAAGAUUGGCACUGUGCUGGGGUUCAAUGUUGGCCGGAGUGCAGGUGGCAGAUCCACGGUGCGGGAGAUUAACCGGGAUGCUUGUCACUUCCCCGGCUUCCCCGUCCUGCAGUCCCUUCUCCCAAAGCACACUAAUGUCCCUGCACUCUAUUUCCUCCUCAUGGCCCUUUUCCUGCAGCAGCCAGUCACUGAACUGCCUGAAAACCUGCAGGUCAGUGCACCUGUCAUCAGCAGCCAGUGUAAACAGGGUGCCAAGUUUGAUUUAGACUCCAUUUGGACAUUCAUAUUUGGAGUUCCUGCCUCCUGUGGCACUGUUACCUCCUCAAUACACAGUGUUUGCACAGAAGCUGCCUUCUUGUUACUGGGAAUGCUGAGGAGCAUGCUGAAUUCUCCCUGGCAGUCAGAGGAAGAAGGCUCUUGGCUUCGGGAAUAUCCAGUCACGCUGAUGCAGUUCUUUCGGUAUUUGUAUCACAAUGUACCCGACCUCAUUUCCUUAUGGAUGAGUCCAGAGUUCCUGUGUGCACUGGCAGCAACAGUGUUUCCUUUCAACAUCCGACCUUACUCUGAGAUGGUCACUGAUCUUGAUGAUGAAGUUGGGUCCCCAGCUGAAGAGUUCAAAGCCUUUGCAGCUGAUUCUGGCAUGAACAGGAGCCAAUCAGAAUAUUGCAAUGUGGGCACCAAGACCUACCUGACCAACCACCCUGCCAAGAAGUUUGUGUUUGACUUCAUGCGUGUGAUGAUCAUUGAUAACCUGUGUCUCACACCAGCCAGCAAACAGACUCCACUGGUAGACCUGCUGCUAGAGGCUUCUCCUGAAAGAUCAACGCGAACACAGCAGAAAGAGUUUCAGACAUAUGUUUUGGAUGGAGUGAUGGACCACCUACUUGCAGCUGAUGUUUUAUUGGGUGAAGAUGCAUCUCUGCCUAUAACAAGUGGAGGAAGCUACCAAGUGCUGGUGAACAACGUGUUUUAUUUUACACAGCGUGUGGUAGAUAAGCUUUGGCAGGGCAUGUUCAACAAAGAAUCCAAGCUUCUUGUGGACUUCAUCAUCCAGCUCAUUGCACAGUCAAAAAGAAGAUCUCAGGGACUCUCACUGGAUGCCAUUUAUCAUUGCCUGAACAGAACCAUCCUGUAUCAGUUCUCAAGAGCACACAAAACUGUUCCUCAGCAAGUGGCUCUCCUUGAUUCCCUAAGGGUCCUUACUGUGAACAGGAACUUAAUUUUGGGACCUGGAAAUCAUGAUCAGGAGUUCAUCAGCUGCCUAGCUCACUGCUUGAUUAAUCUUCAUGUGGGAAGCAAUGUUGAUGGGUUUGGAUUGGAAGCAGAAGCCAGGAUGACAACUUGGCACAUUAUGAUCCCCUCUGAUAUAGAACCAGAUGGAGUCUACAGUCAGGAUGUCAGUGAAGGUCGCCAGCUUCUUUUAAAAGCCAUAAACAGAGUAUGGACAGAGCUGAUCCACAGCAAAAAACAGGUUUUGGAGGAAGUUUUCAAAGUGACACUGCCUGUCAAUGACCGUGGCCAAGUGGAUAUAACUGUUGCCAGACCUAUCAUUGAGGAAGCAAGUUUAAAGUGUUGGCAGAAUCAUUUGGCUCAUGAGAAAAAAUGCAUCAGUAGAGGAGAGGCUUUGGUUCCAACCACACAAUCAAAACUCUCACGAGUCAGCAGUGGGUUUGGCCUCUCUAAACUGACUGGUUCCAGGAGAAACCGCAAGGAGAGCGGACUGAGUAAACACAACCUCUCUACACAGGAAAUUUCCCAGUGGAUGUUCACUCACAUUGCAGUGGUUCGGGACCUGGUUGAUAUGCAGUAUAAGGAAUACCAGGAGCGGCAGCAGAACGCGCUGAAGUACGUGACGGAGGAGUGGUCCCAGAUCGAGUACGAGCUGCUGCGCGAGCGCGGGCUCUGGGGGCCCCCCAUCGGCUCCCACCUGGACAAGUGGAUGCUGGAGAUGACCGAGGGGCCCUGCAGAAUGAGGAAGAAGAUGGUGCGGAACGACAUGUUUUAUACUCAGUAUCCGUACAUGCCCGAGGCUGAGCAGGAAACAAACUUGGUGUCUGACUUCUCAAGCAGACUUCCUGAGACAUCUGAUGAUACCAUUCCUCAAAAGAAACCUGCUCGCUACAGGAGAGCCAUCAGUUAUGACAGCAAGGAGUACUACAUGCGCCUGGCUUCCGGCAACGCCGCCGUCUUCCAGGACGCCAUAGAGGAGAACACAGUGGGUGAAACAGCUCAGCAGGAGCCAGAGCACGGGGAGGACACUAUUGCAAGAGUCAAAGGGCUGGUGAAGCCUCCCCUGAAACGAUCUCGCUCUGCUCCUGAUGGAGGAGAUGAUGAGAACCAGGACCAGUCACAGGAUCAAAUUGUUGAGGGGAGUUCGAUUGAUGAAGAAGAGAAAACUGACAAUACAACUUUGCUUCGACUUCUUGAAGAAGGAGAAAAGAUCCAGCACAUGUACCGCUGUGCUCGGGUUCAGGGCCUCGACACCAGCGAGGGGCUGCUUCUCUUUGGGAAAGAGCACUUCUACGUCAUCGAUGGCUUCACCAUGACAGCCACCAGGGAGAUCCGGGACAUCGAGACGCUGCCUCCAAAGAUGCAUGAGCCAAUCAUACCUAGGGGAGCAAGGCAAGGUCCAAGUCAACUCAAAAGAACUUGCAGCAUUUUUGCAUAUGAAGAUAUCAAGGAGGUGCAUAAAAGGAGAUACCUUUUGCAGCCAAUUGCAAUUGAAGUUUUCUCAGGAGAUGGACGGAACUAUCUUCUAGCUUUUCAGAAGGGGGUUAGAAACAAAGUUUAUCAAAGGUUUUUGGCUGUGGUGCCAUCUCUGACCGACAGCUCGGAGUCGGUGUCUGGGCAGAGACCAAACACCAGUGUAGAGCAAGGGUCUGGCUUGCUUAGCACUUUAGUGGGAGAAAAAUCUGUUACUCAAAGAUGGGAAAGAGGAGAAAUCAGUAACUUCCAGUACCUGAUGCACUUGAACACUCUGGCUGGCAGAUCCUAUAAUGACCUCAUGCAGUACCCUGUCUUCCCCUGGAUCCUCGCAGACUAUGACUCAGAGGAGCUGGAUCUUACAAAUCCCAAAACAUUCAGAAACCUGGCCAAGCCCAUGGGAGCUCAAACAGAAGACAGGUUAGCCCAGUACAAGAAGCGAUACAAGGAUUGGGAAGAUCCCAAUGGGGAAACCCCAGCCUAUCACUAUGGGACCCACUAUUCCUCAGCCAUGAUCGUGGCUUCCUAUCUUGUCCGGAUGGAGCCCUUUACUCAGAUUUUCUUACGGUUACAGGGCGGUCACUUCGACCUGGCUGACCGCAUGUUCCACAGCGUGCGCGAAGCCUGGUACUCCGCCUCCAAGCACAACAUGGCAGACGUCAAGGAGCUCAUCCCCGAGUUCUUCUACCUCCCAGAGUUCCUGCUCAACUCCAACAACUUCGACCUAGGUUGUAAACAAAAUGGCACUAAACUUGGUGAUGUGAUACUCCCUCCAUGGGCAAAAGGAGAUCCUCGUGAGUUCAUCAGAGUCCAUCGGGAGGCUCUGGAAUGUGACUUUGUGAGUGCCCACCUGCAUGAGUGGAUUGACUUGAUCUUUGGCUAUAAACAGCAAGGUCCUGCUGCAGUAGAAGCUGUAAAUGUCUUUCACCAUCUCUUCUAUGAGGGACAAGUGGACAUAUAUAACAUCAAUGAUCCAUUAAAAGAGACAGCUACCAUAGGAUUCAUUAAUAACUUUGGACAGAUACCAAAGCAGCUCUUCAAAAAGCCCCACCCACCAAAGCGUGUCAGAAGCCGUCUGAAUGGAGAGGCUGUGGGAGCCUCUGUGCCCCCUGGUUCCACAGGGGACAAGAUCUUCUUCCAUCAUUUGGACAACCUGAGGCCAUCUCUUGCCCCAGUGAAAGAGCUCAAGGAGCCUGUGGGGCAGAUUGUGUGUACUGAUAAAGGCAUCCUGGCAGUAGAGCAGAACAAGGUUCUCAUCCCACCCACAUGGAAUAAAACAUUUGCCUGGGGCUAUGCAGACCUCAGCUGCAGACUGGGUACCUAUGAGUCAGACAAGGCUGUGAUUGUUUAUGAGUGCUUGUCAGAAUGGGGUCAGAUCCUGUGUGCCAUUUGCCCCAACCCCAAACUAGUUAUCACUGGAGGAACAAGCACAGCAGUGUGUGUGUGGGAAAUGGGUGUCUCCAAAGAAAAAGCUAAAGCCCUCACACUGAAACAGGCCCUGCUGGGUCACACUGACACUGUCACGUGCUUGACGGCGUCGCUGGCGUAUCACAUCAUCGUGAGCGGCUCCCGGGACCGCACCUGCAUCAUCUGGGACCUGAACAAGCUCUCCUUCCUGACUCAGCUCCGGGGCCACAGGGCUCCCAUCUCAGCCCUCUGCAUCAAUGAGCUAACGGGAGACAUUGUAUCCUGUGCUGGCACUUACAUCCAUGUGUGGAGCAUCAAUGGCAGCCCUACUGCAAGUGUCAACACUUUCACUGGCCAAAGCCAGCAAAUAAUGUGUUGUUUUGUGUCAGAGAUGAACGAGUGGGACACCCAGAACGUCAUCGUGACGGGGCAUUCGGACGGGGUUGUCCGGUUCUGGCGGAUGGAGUUUUUGCAGGUGCCAGAAACACCAGCUCCAGAGCCUGUGGAGAUGCUGGAAAUGCAAGAGGACUGUCAGGAAGCACAGAUAGGGCAGGAAGCCCAUGAAGAAGACAGCAGUGACUCCGAGGCAGACGAUCCCUGCAUGGGCCAGGACACAAAAGUGCAGGAGAGCCAGAGCCAGCCAAGCAGCACCAGCCACAGGCCUCGGUCAUCAUCAGCCAGAGCAGCAGCAGCAUGGUCAGCAGACAGCAGCUCCGAUGACUCCAGGCGCUGGUCAGACCAGCUCAGCCUGGAUGAGAAAGAUGGAUUUAUCUUUGUGAAUUAUUCCGAGGGACAAGCAAAAAUGCAUCCCCACGCUCAGGUUAACCACCCCCACCCCAGCUAUGCUGAAGCACGGCACUACAGCAAGCUCAAACCAGGAUACAGAUGGGAGCGUCAGCUGGUGUUCAGAAGCAAACUAACUAUGCACACGGCAUUUGAUCGCAAAGACAACGCACACCCAGCAGAAAUCACCGCGCUCGGCAUCUCCAAGGAUCACAGCAGGAUCCUGAUCGGGGACGGCCGGGGCAGGGUGUUCAGCUGGUCGGUGAGCGAUCAGCCGGGCCGGUCGGCGGCCGACCACUGGGUGAAGGACGAGGGCGGCGACAGCUGCUCGGGCUGCACCGUGCGCUUCUCGCUCACCGAGAGGCGGCACCACUGCAGGAACUGCGGACAGCUCUUCUGCCAGAAGUGCAGCCGGUUUCAGUCAGAAAUCAAACGGCUGAAGAUUUCUUCGCCAGUCAGGGUGUGCCAGAACUGUUUCUACAACCUGCAGCACGAGCGGGGCUCGGAGGAGGGUUCCAGAAAUUGAUGUGGGCCUGGCAAACCUCAUCCAGCCCCGCUGUCACUCCAGGAAGCAGGGAGAGCACGGGAAGGAGUUGGAAUGUUGUCUGUUUACACUUACGUUUAUACUGCGUUCUCCGCACGAAGAGUCAAAAGGGAUCAUUGCAUUGGGUUGUGUGGACAGAAGGCAGACGAGGAGAAGAGCAAAGCCCAGGAAGACAAGGUUAAUAACCACAGAUCCAACAGAACUGGCAGCCCCUAAGCCCAUGCUGACAUGGCUGUCGAGAAAAUCCUCGCUUAUCCCAAACACCCCUUCUUGUCUUGUUUUUGUAGUUAGUCAUCUUAACUGGGGGGAGGGGAGGGCAAGGCUUUUUAGAAGAUAGUUGUAAAUCUGCCUUCUUCGCAAGCAACUGUGUAUAUUGUAAAUAGGUAUAAUGGCCUUUUUAUCUAAAUAUGAACUUAACUGCCUGUUACAUGGGACUUCAGAUUAACCACUGUACUUUGUGUGGCAUCUUUAUCUCAUCUAUCAAUUCAGAUACGAAUGUUUAAAAAAAAAAACAAAAACAGAAAACUCAAAGGCAUUACGUGUAUUUCUGUUAAAAAUCCAGUCUGUGCAUGUUUGUUCUUUCAGUUGCCCACAGUAUCUUAAUUUAAGUGAGGCUAUUCAUAGAAUUACAUGGAUUUUUUCAAAAGAAAACAUUUUUGAGUAUAGGAACUUGGAGUAUUUUAUUCUAGCUGUAAGAUAACCAGGAACUAAAUUGUACACUUGUGUUGCAUUUUAUACCAAACUAUUUACCACCUCAGUGUUGUUCAUAUUUAAUAAGGCCUCUUUUAUAUAUAUGUCAGAGCUGCGGUUUUGUUAAUUACUUACUGUUCAUUAGCAGCUGAUUCAUGCAGUGCAAGAACCAGCUUUUAUCUUCUUUAGUCAAUAGCAAUUGGCUUUUGCAUAUAGGUACAGAAUUAACUCCUUGUGCAUAAAAUUUAACUGCUGUUGUCCCAUAGCUUCUCUGCAAAAAACCUUUUUUGGAACCUUUUUUGGCACUACUCUAAAGCAGGGUGAUCUUGGUCAUGUCAGAAAUGCUCCUGGGAGCUCUCUUUGUCUUUCAGCACACACCAUCAGCUUGAGGACAGCAGUAGAUUUCCAUGAUGGUUUUUAAGUUUCAAUAUGAAUUUAAUUGCAGUAUUUUUUUACUACUCUGUCAUUUAUUUUGCACUACAUGUAGGAUGAAGUAGAGACACUGAUAUCCGCUGGGAUUGGAGCACGUGCAUUGGGAUAGGCCCAUGGACUGAAUUUCUGCAUGAGGUCUUGCCAGUGGGUUUUUGGUUGGGUGAGGGGGGAGAGGGAGGGCAGCAGGCAGGCUGGUGGUCGGUUUGGUUUUGGUUUUUAACAUACGUGUAUAUAUUUUGUAAAUGGGUGACAAA